AUGAGUUACCCUGCAGGGCCCUGCUUAGAUGAAAUUCAUUCCCAACAUUAUAACGCCACGUUUAGAAAUUCGAUCACCUCGAAUGUGAAAUUUCAGUAUAUAACUGAGAACACACUUCAAUUUGGUUCAGUUGUCUGUUGGAUUUCAAGAGAAACAGGGGAAAUGUGGAAGCUUUCAAUUUUUCUCAGUGCUUUUUGCACAUUACUUAGUGCACAAAGUGUUGACCCGAUUAAAAUAUGUAGAACAAUAACUGCCCCAGUUUGGGUUAAUGCUGUUGGUGGAACAAUUCCUGAAGGAGCUCUUAAUGGAGGCCAAGAUAGCGGAGAAAAUCUUAUCGUUUGUAGAGCUCAUCAUCGGGACGCAAUAAUUCCUGGAACAUUCUCUGCGUCACUUGGUGUUUGUUAUGUUGCUUGAGGUGGUGUCGAACAUGAAAAAACUGAAUUCGAAGUUUUGGUUGGAUACGGCGGUGAUUGGUUUUCUGAGAGUGGAUCAAAUAUUCCACCAAAUGCUUUCCCUGGUGGUGAAUCUGAGACUGGUGAACCUUUUUGUAUUUGUCGUGUCCGGCAUUGGAAAGAAACAUCCAUCACAUAGCGUUUGCUACAUCCCAUAUGGUG